UAAUAGCGCAAGCGCUCAAAAGUCCAAUUUCUUUCUUCAGAGUCACUCUGUCGUUCUUGGACGAGUCUUUAUCCCUCCUCUCUGUCUCGUUCUCGUUGUCCUCCAUCUCCUCCGCCUUGCAAAUGUGCCUUCUGCCCGCCUCGGUCCGGUCCAGAUACUGUACACUGAACCAGGCUCCGCUCUCUGGGUCGACCCUAUAACAUCGUCCUGAUGAACGGAGGAGGACAUGCGCAUGCGCACGACGCUCCACUCGAGCUGCUACCUGGCCUCAGAUGUAGAGCAGCGCCUGAAAUCCAUCAUGAAAUCCAGUCAGAGAAGUGGAGGCCUGGGGGGGAAGAGCAUAGUUGCCUAACAGCCGAAGACACUACUUCACUGGGAGCUGCUCUGUCCUGAGUUCACAUUCUUCUUCUCCCAGUUUCAGGGUGUUGGAAUUUGUUCAUUUUGUUAAUUAUUUUUCUUAUGUCGGGUUGGAGUUCCUUUUCUUUCAAUCUUUUUUGCUGGGAUCUCCAACCCAUAUGCUUCUUGUACACCAAACCACGCUCCAUAUAUAUAGAAAUCCUUUGAAUUCUCUGCACUUGUAAAUACAACUUCUAAUUCCUAAAACCUGGAACAGUUUGCACAAAGGUUUUAGGGGCUCUAAUGAGUAGGGGAUUCAUUUACAGAUUUAAACAGCCACUUGAUGAUGCCACAAUGGACAGCGAAGGACCGCAUUUCAAAGACAAGACUGAUGACAAUGAGAGUGUGAGCACUGAAUGUGAAUUCAUUUUUUUUGUAGUUUAAUGUAAAAAAAAUUGUUGUGUCUUUAAUUGCAUUGCAAAGUUAACAAUAGUCUGAGUAGCCUUUUAUUGGGGUAAUACAAAUUUUCUUUUUAACUUUUUAUUCUACAAAGAGCCCAUUUACCGUGCGCAUCAAAAGCAUUAAACUGAAAUUGUAACGAUCUGGCACUUUAGUCUAUGUUUAAAGCUUAAUUGUAAAGUGUUUUCUGUUUUAGUGAAUCUCUGUUGUGGGUGUUCUAGUUGUUUUCAUUUUUGCACACUCUGUUUCUGUUUCCUGUUUUAUUUUGUAGUCUCUGUUCCUUGUGUGUUGUUUCUGUCUUCACUUCCUGUCUCUGAUUGUCAGCCCAGUCCUCAUGUGUUACACCUGUGUUCAGUUGCCCCUUCCAAGCCUCUGUCCUUCCCUUUGUCCUCUGUUGGAUUGCCUGUUUCUCCUGCUGUGUUUCUUGGUGCUGUCCUUUCCUGCCCUGUCCAGGGGCCCGUUUCACAAAGCAGGUUUAGUGAAAACUCUGAGUUAGUUAACCCUGAGAUGAGGGAAACUCUGGUUUUUCAGUUUCACAAAGCCAGUUCAGCUUUACUCUGAGUCAGUUACCCUGGCAACAUACUCCGUGAACCUAACCUGCUCGCUGGCAGGUUUUCUUCAACUAACCCCGAGUUUCUCCUGCUCUUAAGUUGAAGCCUGCAGACUGAAGGCAGUGGCAGACAUGGCGUGUCCUUUUAUUGAAGAGCCAGUUGAUGUCGAGGCGCAGAUACUCCGCAGACAUCUCCACCGGGAGAGGAUUAUUAGACCCCGAUUGGAUGUUUUAUCAUUCCCUGAUGAGUAUCUGUUUGAGCGUUUCCGUUUCUCUGCAUCAUCUAUAAUUUAUAUAAACGAUAUUCUCAGCCCUCACAUCGCUCACAUGACGCAUCGUGGACAUGCUCUCAGUUCCGAGCAAAUUCUUUGUAUUGCACUUCGUUUUUUUGCCAACGGCAGUUUUUUGUAUAACGUCGGUGAUGCAGAGCAUGUGUCCAAGGCAACUGUCUGUCGGGCUGUCCGAAAUGUGACACUUGCACUGAAACGGCUACUAUGCACGUUUGUAGUGUUCCCAAGUCACAGACCCACCAGACUUCUCAAAGAAGAGUUCCACAGAAUUGCAGGGUUUCCAGGUGUGAUUGGCUGCAUAGAUGGCACUCACAUUCCUAUCAUCGCUCCUUCAAUAAAUGAAGGAGAUUACGUGAAUAGGAAAUCUGUCCACAGCAUUAAUGUGCAGAUCAUAUGUGAUGGAGCCCACAUGAUUAACAAUGUGGAAGCGAAGUGGCCUGGGUCUGUGCAUGACUCACGAAUGUUUCGUGAGUCGACACUGAGUGCCAGAUUUGCCGGUGAGUUCGAUGGUUACCUACUCGGAGACAGAGGGUACCCCUGCCAGCGCUAUCUGCUGACCCCUUACCCUGACCCUGAGCCUGGCCCACAGCGACACUACAACUUGGCUCACUGCAGGACACGAGCCAGAGUGGAGAUGACCAUCGGGAUACUCAAGGCCCGGUUCCAGUGCCUUCGUAGGCUCAGGGUCACCCCAGAGAGAGCUUGUGACAUUAUAGUGGCAUGUGUGGUUCUCCACAACAUUGCCACUAUUAGAGGAGAACAAUGUCCUACUCUUUCCCCCUGUGAUCCAGGUAUUAAUCAUACCCCCCCUGCUGAUACACGAGAUGGAAGAGCUGUUAGAGACAUGAUAUGUGUCAAUCAUUUCUAACUGACCCAUCACCUCCCCAAUGUUCAAGAACGACAAUAUGCAUCUCAUUUUAUGAGGUCUUCUUUAUUUCCUAGAAGGACAAAUUUUGUACAGUUGUUAAUCCUUUGUUGUUGAAACAAUUAAAAAACAUCCACCUGUGGGCACGUCACCCACCUUUAA